UGAAGAAGAUGGUGCCAAUGGGGUUUUCUGCAAUUUUACGGUUUCUAAUUUUGUUAGCAAGUGCGCGCCGCGCUGUCUUUUCUAUGCGAUCUGCGAUGUGCGAUCUGCACACAGUAACAGCGCCUUUUCAUUUUCAUUUUCACCGUUUGCUUGAGUUUUGAAUUAAGCAUUUACUUGUACGAAUAAUUAUUGCAUUCGUUGAUUGGGAUUAAUCAUGAAAUCAUUUCGUGAAUCCGAGUGUCUACAUACACACACACAUAUCGUGUAUGCAACAACUUCAUCACAACAACAUCUGCCGACAACUAACAUUCUGCUUCGUGUAUUUUCAAUUACAGGUUGAUUACAGAUAAACACACACACAUACACCCACAGCCGCCCGCAUACGUGUGCUUAGCUGCGUGUUGGCGCGCGCCGCCGUUUCGGUGGAACUUUCCUUUUAAUCGCCGCGGUCUUUAUGCUUUCCGCUGCGAUUUUCCACACAGUUAUGUUUUGUGUUCGCAAUGUGUCAGAAGUCGCACAGUUUUGGCUGAGAAUUGCAAUCGCGCUGAGCUAAUCAUUACUGGACUUUGAGGAGUUGAGUCGAAACAGACGGGUGUCAGGAAGGAUAUUCGACACGGAGUGUGGCCACUUAUAGAAAAUGUUUCUGAAGGAUCUGAUACCGUAUGCGAAAUUGGAUACUUUCAGAGAGGAAUUGCUGAAGCAGCGUAACUUUGUAAACCUGGGCCUUUUCACCUGGAUCGUCGGAAUGUUACUCAUGUGCAUUAUAUUUAUGUCCCUGAUGAUAGUGAAGGUUGCAUCCACUGCUGAAUAUAACCAGAACCAAACCGCAGCACUGCGCACGCGCAACAUACAGAGCUACAACCCAACAAGCGGCGACACAACGCUGCCCACUGUGGUGCAGAUUGAUGGUCAGGAAGUGCAGCUGCGCACCGAGUUGCCAGCAACGCAUGCGGUGCAGCCGCGAACGCGACCGUUGAGAACGCCAAAUCACAACAAAAUCGACGGCUUGGAGGAGAUGCGCGCUCAGGCGCACUUGCAGCAACAACAGCAACUACAACAAUACGAACAGCAACAACAGCAGCAUGAGCAAGAGGAAAAGCUGCAUGCCACCGGCGAAAGCACCGAAACGGCGUACUUACUAGAGCGUGCCGAUGUUGGCGUCGGUGGAGAGGCUGCUGGUGGCGGCACCAGUUCGGUAUAUGAACAGCCGAUUUAUGGCACAUGGCGUACGAAAGCGAGACGACCGCAACCGAUACCGUUUAUUGGCGCCGCAGCUAGUGGUGGCGGCGCUCCAUUCAAUAUGGGAGAUGAGGGGCGGCUCAAUGGUAUUGACAGCGAAUAUCGGCCAAAUGCGAAUAUUGGCGCUGGACGUCAGCGGCAAUCCAUGCAUCUGUACGAGCAAUUACCGCGACGUUCGUCUACAAUGACUCCAGUGCGUAGUGAUCUGCGUGAUCAGAUACCACGACCACCGCGUCUCACCUCACGACAACCUUCGAUGUUGCUUAGCAGGCGUCAAUACAUCGACAUACCGAUCAAUUCGACAUUUCCAAACGAGGAGAAACCGAAACCCUUUCACUUUCCUCAUGAUGGUCCCUUGCCGCAGGAGUUCAAGAAGGCACAAGAGGCGCAUGGCGACGUGAGAAAUAUACAAGAUAUAUUACAUCAAUUACAGUUGGGAAGUGGACCGAGUAAAGUUCCGCCCAUGGUUAUGAUGCCAACGGGCUUGCAUAUCGCCGGCUCACUGAGAAAUCUCAAGUCAAGCGGAAUAGCGAAUUUCUUCCGUGGCAAACGAAAUAAGAAACAAAUGCAAUUCUCCAUACCCAUGCCAAUACCGAUGAACAUGCAAAUGAUGAAACCCUUUCCCGCACCCAUCCUGAAUAUGAUGCCCCAUGCGCCGUAUCAGCAACGCAUUGCUAUGGAUCAGAUUUAUCCAUUCAAACCACGUUCACCGAACGAUAUCAACCUGCUGGCCUUGCAACUCCAGAGUAAUCUUUCGAAAAACAAAAAGAAGAACAAAAACAAUCCGAUAAUUGCAAACUCCAACAUGAUGUUACAGCAAUUCAGCAAUCAGCGCCCAUACGCCACGGAUCCUUACAUGACGGGAUAUCAGCCAUUGUUGGAGAUGAGUGACGUUCAGCGAGCAAAAAUGACACGAGUGCCCCUCAAAGUUAACCUCGAUAUCUACCCGAUGUUACCUCCCACAAGGGAUUUCAAACCUUCUGCUUUCACCUUCGACGAAGUAAAAAUGUCGUCGUCCACCCGCAGACCACAUACCGUUCGCAAUCCCUUUCUCGACCACUACUCUUUUCCAGUGAUGCCUUCUACGGCCGCCUAUGGUUUCAACCACGCAUAUGACCAACAGGGUUUUGCUCCAUUUAGAUUUCCAUCGUCUACGCAGCCCCAACUAGCGCCUCACAUGCCGCAACCGAGCAACAUGCAAAUCACUUUCCCCGACCAAAUUUCAAAGUCUCAAUUCCAAACACCCUUCAUGCCACUCGACAUUUCACAACACUUACCUAACUCAGGCGGCGUGAGUGCCAGCGGCGCGCCAAAUGGCUUUAAAGGCAAUCAGAAUGAAAUAAUGGUUCACCUGAAUCUUUUCCCGAAUCAGAAGCAGAAAGCACUACCGCCACCCACUUCCAAUAAUCCAUUUUAUAAUCCACCACAAAAUAUAAAUCGUAAUAUAAUAAUGGAGGAGGGAGAAUCUCUGUCACCGAUGGAGCCUCGUCAUCAGUCGCGUAACUCGAAUUCAACCAAUUCACCGGAGCAGCAAAUUUCGCGCAGUGACAGCUCCGAACCCGAGGCUCUGGUCGACUUUGAACAUCCUAUUGUGGCCGAGGAAGUGACCGAUCUGCCGCAUGCCGAAGCUUUAGUAAGCAACAAGUUGGACGUCGCGGAGAAUUCUACCGCUAAUUAUGAUCGCAUCGGUACACACAGCAGCUUCCAACGUCGCAGCGAUUCGGCGAGUGUCGAACAGUUGGCAUCGGAGGCUCAAGCUGCUUCGCUCUUUCGUUUCCCCGUGGAGGAUUUGAUCAAGUUUCAAGUCGACGAUGCGUUGUAAGUGGGAAGAAGACGAACACAUAUCAAACCGAUGUGUGAAUCAAUCGAACCAUUCACAAAUGUGCUGAACUUUGGUGUAGUGGGAAAGAGAUUACUUAUAUUCAUAAUUCUCUGAACAAUUGUGUAAUGCUUCAACAAUUUUUAAAGAAUAAGAACAAAAUUAUACGCGAAUAUUUGUUAGAAUUAGUGAUAAGAGAAGUUGUUUUCGUUAUUUAUUAUAUUGUUAUUAAUACAAAUGUACUAAUAUGUCUCAUUUAAUUAUGACAAAUAAAUGGUUAAGUUUUAAUAA